AAAAAGAAGCUGGUUCCUAGUCCUAGCCGGCAGCCUAGAGCCGGCAGCGAGUGGGCCUUCUUGGCUGUGUGAAGUUGGCGGAUCUGAGAAGACCCACUUCUUGUUUAAUGGAUGAUGGCAUUUGAGCAGUUACCAAAAAAGGAUUGGUACAGCAUUCUGGGAGCAGACCCGUCUGCAGAUGUGUCAGACCUAAAACAAAAGUAUCAAAAGCUCAUACUGAUGUAUCAUCCAGAUAAACAAAGUACAGAUGUGCCAGCAGGAACAGUGGAGGAAUGUAUACAGAAGUUCAUCGAAGUUGAUCAGGCAUGGAAAAUUCUAGGGAAUGAAGAGACAAAAAAAGAGUAUGACCUGCAGCGGCAUGAAGAUGAGCUAAGAAAUUUGGGCCCAGUAGAUGCUCAAGUAUAUCUUGAAGAAAUGUCUUGGAACGAAGAUGAUCAUUCUUUUUUUCUGAGUUGCCGAUGUGGUGGAAAAUACAGUGUUUCCAAAGAUGAAGCAGAAGAAGUUAACCUGAUUUCUUGUGAUACAUGUUCACUAAUUAUAGAACUACUUCAUUAUAGCUAAAAUUGUUGACUACUAUUGGAAUACUUCAAGUGUAUAUUCAGACAUGAUGAUGAGAGGCCAUUCGAGCAUUAAGGAAAUGGAUUUUUUUUCUUCCCUAUUAUUUGCAAAGAAACGAUAAGAUUAUCAAGCAGAGAUCACCUACAUUUAAAAAGAUUAAUGUAGUAAUUUAUAUGUACUUAUAAACUAUAUUUACGUUGCCAUAAAAAGGACUUGAGUUAUAUUUUAUGGAUUCCCAUCUUAAAAACUUUGUUUUCUCAUUGAUAAAACAUAAGAAUUCUUUUUCUUAACAUAAAUAUGUCUCUUAUUGGGAAAUAUUAUCAUCAUAUUCCUUUAUAUUUAUAAAGUGUCUAACUGAUAAUGUUCCCAACAGGUUACAGUUAUAGGCCUAUUUUAUACCUACCUCAAAUUCUAGUGUCAUUAUAAUUAAAUUAGAAUCUCUGUGAACAAUAUGCGAUCCCAGUUCUCCCAUAAUGAAGGCUGAAUACGAAGAAUAAAAAAUGGGAAGUGACAACUAGAAAAAUAGAUUUGGAAUUAAGACUUGGCUCCAGUCCUGGCCUUCUAGUUCUAAAAUUUAUGAACCUCACCAUCUUCAACUUUUAAGUAUAAUUUAGAAUAUGGAAGCUUUAAAAAAUAGUCUGAAAUUGGUACAUCCCUUUCCUUUUUAUUUCAAGGUGUUAAGGUUUGGUGUUAAUUGCCAUAUUUGUGAAUAAGAACCAUUUUAUUGCUGGUAUGAUGGACUUUAUAAAGUAUUAUUGCCUACAAUAGCCUGUAAAUGUCAUAUUCUUAAAGAUGUAUUUUUCUAUACAUUUAAUAUUCUUAUACAGUCUAAAUCAGAACUCAUUUAAAGAACUUGACAGAAUCUCUUAUGGGAUCACCGAAACUUUUUUACUUAACUUCAAAGGAGUGAGUCAAGCAUAUAACUUAGAAGCUUUUUACUUAGAAUGAACUUCUAAUGUUGCAGAUUAAACUUAUUUUAUAAAUAAGAAUAGUUACUAUAGCUGAAGUAUAAGGCACUUUCAAGAAGAGUAGAUUAUUUUCACUUAUAUAAGACAAAAAAUUUGCAAGUGAAGUAUAGUCAUUCAGGUCCCCCUGCAAAUAUUUUAUAUAUAACAUAAAAUUUAGAUGAAACACUGAUCUUGGGUUAUACUUAUU